UUUCUGAAACGUCCAUCAGCUCCAUGGAGAGGGAAAGACCGGAAUUUGCUGUUAAUCGGAGAAUCAAACAGAAUCGACAUCGUCGGCACAGGACUGUGAGUAACAUUCCAAUCUCGGAAGUGAGUCGUAGCGAGCCAGGAAGGUGUGGUAGCCUUGUCUGGAUUAAUUCGCUGCAUUGUUUUGAAUGCAGAAGUAGUAUCGGAAUCGUUCUCGUGGGAACGUGCUCUCAAGUGCCAAAUACUAGAAUUACUGUAGAGAUACACUAAAAAGCCGGACGCGGCAUUCGCCCCUUUACCCAAAUUCGCUCGGGACAGCAAGCAGCACUAUGGCAAUCAAACACUCCGUAUUAGCCGUCGCAUUGUACUGGCUCACUCCGGCCCAAAGCUUCCAGCUGAAACCAAUGUCUCCAAAAAACCGUAUAUCUUUGUCCAGUAUCAAUCACGUGAUCCGCAAAGCAGCUGUAGUGUCCACCAAUGAAGCUGCCGAAACCCGACCAAAGCGCGGUUGGAAGAAACUGAAGAGGAUAUUUCGCCGUGGCAAAAGUGAACAACCUGUACACAUGCAAACACCCUCCGCAUUGCACCCGCGCACUGUUCAAGCGCGCAAUUUAGCCUGUUGGUCGCCGGAGAAUACCCCUGCCAUCGAUGACUUCUUGGUCCAUCCAGAUGAAAGCGUCGAUCGACCGCAUCACACGCAAGACAAGAGGAUAAAGGCACUUGAGCCUUUCGAGCAACCUUAUGUGGUCCCGGAACCUAACUGGGGGAAAUCCAAAAGCAUAUCGGACCGAUAUUUCGCUUCUUUGUUCCCAGCUCUCCGCCAGAUUUUACUCAAGGAAAAGAGCAUCGAGGAAAAGCCCGAUUCGAUCGCACCUUUAGCAAAAGUUUUACGCACCAAAAGCCGUACUGUUCUUUUCGAGCUCUUGAACCGCUGGUCUCUGGGAGCGCAUAUCAACAUGCAGGUACAGUGUGACCCACAAGGAAGUCUGCUCGAUAUCGUUAGGCAAGGCGUGUUUUGCUGCAACGCAAGUGUCGAUGUUGACCGUAUUGUGUUUGGUGCAAUCCGCCUAUCUGGUUGCCGUCUUGAGGCGAAAAGUAUGUCACUGAACCUGCACCGCCUCAUACGUCCCUCACAACGUAACAUCAAGCGAUUCCCCAGGGCUUUUGACUUCGUUGCCAACAACGCAACUUUUACACAAGCCGACUUGUUCGAAUCGUCAUGUGUGACAAAUGGGCUUCGCCGCCUCGUAGUUCGUAUUCUAAAAGGUCGUGGACUGGAGCCCGCUAACGUUUUCAUGGAUGCGAUCAAAAUUCUUCCUAAUGGUAAACUUUCCUGUCAAGGCCAUGCCACAACCAUUUUUGACGCCGCGGUACCUUUCGAGGUUCGAACACACAUCGAAACCUCUUGCCGUGGCCAUAUUCUUAAUUUCCCUGGACUUCAAAUGUCCGUCGGACCAACGACUGGUGUCUUUCUCCCCGUGAUACCAGAUGUUUCGCUCGAUCUUGGGCACAAUGCCCAAGUAUUGGAUGUAAACCUCGAUGGCGCGAAAGCGCAACUGAUAAUGAGCGCUAGAGUGACGAUCGCACCGGAACACACGCGCAAGUUGCAAAACUAUACGCAACGGGCUAAUGCCUAUGGUGCACUAUUUUCAGUGGAUUUGGGACGAUGGCUGACAAGAGUAGGACGGUUUUCCAAGUAGAUGAUGAUGCUCAGAUGAAAGUUGAGCCUUCGGCCAUAGUACUCUUUAUAGGG